AUGGGCCGCUCCAAGCCGCGCACAAACAAGCGGCCGCCACCAAAGCCGAACCGCCGUGCUCCACCUCCCGCCCCAGUUGCUCCGGCCUUUGAUCCCGCGGCGGGUCUCUUCCCCCCGCCAUCGACGCUGGACCCGUCCGACCCCGGAUUCCCAUCAGCCUUCCAGAGUUGGUCGACGAGCGCGUUAAACCAGCUCAACCAACUACGCCAACUGCCCGCCCUCUCCCCAUCUCAACUGAGCGCGAUCGCAGGUGCUGCUGCGGGAGUCAGCGAUGCGGGGUUUCAAGGCCAAGGACCAUGUAUCGACCUCCCGCAGAGUCUGGCAGCCCUCUUUGAAGCCAAACUCACCCUCGACCGCGAAAAGGCAAAACUCAUGCGCAUGCAAAAGGAGCUGCGCGGGUUUCGGGACGGUAUGGCUGGCCCUGUACCAACCCAGCCUCCCCCACCUCUCCCAACGGUAAAGGGCAAGGAGGUGGCGGUGGACGACGAGCUCGCAGAGUGCACGUGUGGGCGGAAUGGCCACACACACGAGUAUCCCGGUUCGGCGCAUUCCGGAUCGGACGACUACUAUUACUACGACACGGAGGACGAGUGCUGCGACUGCUGUUCCCAUGACCACAGCUAUGUCGAGUCCGAUCCCCACGGCCAUGGAGAGGAAUACUACGAACCCGAGCGCGGAUUCGAGGCGCUCGUCCUCGGCCCCGAUGGACGUCCAGCAAACCUCACCCCCGAACAAGCGAUGGCGCUGUUUGAACGCCAGCCGUACCUUCACUCUCCUGAAGCGAGGGCAAUUCUCGCAAGGGGACACGCUCAGGCUGCCGAAGUCGCUGCGGCAAAGCAGAAGUUGGUGGAGAGGGUAGAGGAGAGAGAGGAAAGGCCAGACCAGCCGCGCCGACGCCUUGCCGACGAUCCCGAGAGGAUGGACGAGGCAGUACGAGAGCUGUUCAAUUGGAUCAAGGCUGUCGUGUGGACGAUUGAGCAGGCUGCCAUUGUCGCUGGGCGUCGUGCACCACUCCGCCCACAGCGCCGUGAUGUCCCAGAGUAG